AUGUCCCGCUCCAGCUCUGGGAUGGAGGCCAGCUCCUCCUCAGGUGUGUCCAGCUCCAGCCUGAGCCCCAGCCCUCUCACCAGCCCCCUGGAGCUGCCCAGGGACCCCGACCUGGGGGUGGGCUUCGAUACCCCCGCUCACAUCACCACGCUGGAGAGUGCACACAAGAGCCGAGUGAAAGGAUCGUCCCAGCGGAGGCCUCAGUCCAGAGCGGCCCGACAGCACUCUGCCCAGAAGUCUGCUCCCAAUCUGGGCUUUGAACCUUCAGCACAGUCCCUCUCCACCCCAGUGUCUGCCGCUACAUCCAGCCCCUCCGCUCUCACACUACCAGUCCCUACAGACCCCACAGACUCCAGCAAGGAACCCCCACUGAGCCAAGAGCUGUCCUUUCCUGACGAAGAUGACAUUUUCAGCUCAGAUCAUUUGUUUGGAGCGAGUGUAGCCUCCACCAAGAGCCAACCCUCUCCUGCAGCUAACGAGAAGAGCCGACCCUCUCCUGCAGCUAACGAGAAGAGCCGACCCUCUCCUGCAGCCAACGAGAAGAGCCAACCCUCUCCUGCAGCUAACGAGAAGAGCCGACCCUCUCCUGCAGCCAACGAGAAGAGCCAACCCUCUCCUGCAGCUAACGAGAAGAGCCGACCCUCUCCUGCAGCCAACGAGAAGAGCCAACCCUCUCCUGCAGCUAACGAGAAGAGCCGACCCUCUCCUGCAGCUAACGAGGCCGUGGUGAAGGCAGAGAAAAGCGUUCUCCCAUCUAUCUUUGACGACAAUAUGGGCGACUUAUUUCAAAAAGUCAAGACGAAACCUGCAGCUAAGAAGAGCAAGCCGGCGGGGUUUCUGGAGGAAGACGAUGAUCUGUUCGGCUCCAGCUCCGCUCCUGCAGCAAAGAGCAGUUUCUCAAACACAGAUAUUUUUCAGGACGCAGUGGACCCAGGGCCUAAAGCUCAGAGGAAGCACAAAGAGAAGAAGAUCGAAAGCAGUUUAUUCCACGACAACGUGGACAUUUUUGCAGAUCUGUCGGACACGUUCAAACCCAAACACAAGGUCAAGACUAAAGCAGAGGCCAAGUCCAUCUUUGACGACGACAUGGACGACAUCUUCUCCUCGAGCACAGUGACGGCGAAGCCUCCGUUGCAGCAGAAGAAAACCUCAGCUCGUCCUGAUCCCAGCACCGACGCCACAGACAUCUUUGACGAUCCUCUGAACGCUCUGGGAGGGAUGUGA